AUGGGAUCUGAUGAUCAAGUUUUGUAAGCAUUAUACAAAUUGGCUAUCAAAAAGCCAUUUAAGUAAGUGGUUCAAGAUUUCGGUCGACCAACUCUUGCACAAGUGCAUUUUAGAAAACUCAUUACACAAAUUGACCCUUCAAUUACACUCACUGAUUGCGAUAGGUUUUAUUAGAAAGCUCUGAUUGAUCACAAAAGCUUAGUAGGGUUGACAGUGGAAAUCCUAGAAAAAUUGACAGAAAAACAAGAAAAGGUUGAAGUAGUGGUAUCAAAAGAUGAUUUGUAAACAAUUACUGUAAUAAUUCAAAAUUACAGAGCAAAACGACUUGAAUUAGACAGAGUAUUCAAAUUCUUUGAUAAGAACAGAGAUCUGUCCUUAGAGGAAAGAGAAGCUAAGGAACUUAUUGAGUUUUUCCACACUUCAAUUACACCUCAAGAAUAUCAAUCUAUUAAGAAGUUAAUUGGAAAUCUGAAAUUCUCAUGUGAUCAUUUGAGAUAAUUGUUCUAACAAUGGGAAUAAAUAGUGGAUAAUUAAAAUAAAAAUCCUCAAUAAUAACAAUAAAUUAAAUAUACAAUAAGACCACAAAUAGAAGAAAAGAAAUAAGAAGAAGCUGUUGCCCCUAAACCAGUUCCAGUUGAAGAUGUUGAAUAACAAGAAGUUAAAAAUGACGAGGUUGAUUUUGCUGAUUUCUUAAACAUUGAUUUACAUAUUACAGGCGCCAAAGAAUUAGUACAAAUGAGAGAGGAACUAAGAAAGUCAAAGCAAGUAUUUGUUGACAAAGACUUCCCAGCAUCAGUAAGAAGUCUCGGAAUGAAGUUUUGUUAAUUGUCUUGGAAACGAAUGAGUGACAUUUUUUAGAAUAACCUAAAGAUGUUUAAUGUAGAUGAUUCAUAAGACAGUAGAGUUGGAUUAGGAAAGUGGAUCUCCCAUAGAGAUAUUAAAUAAGGAAUUCUUGGAGAUUGUUACUUUUUAUCAUCAAUUAGUACUAUAGCCUGCAGAUGGCCUGAAGUGAUUAAGGAUCUAUUCAUAAGUCAGAGAGCAAAUAAUGAAAAACUAUAUGCAAUUAGAUUGUGUUUAGAUGGUGAGUGGAAGGUUGUGAUGUUGGAUGACUUUAUUCCAGUUAAUGGAUAGGGAAAUCCAGCAUUUUCUAAAAAUGCAGGUGCAGAAAUGUGGGUUGCAUUGUUAGAAAAAGCUUGGGCUAAGAUGAAUAUAGAUUACACAGAUAUAGAGGGUGGUGAUCCAAGAGAAGUUAUUAAGAGUAUCACUGGUGGUCCCACUUGGAUUGUAUUUACUAAUGCUGCUGAUUUCAAAUAAUAAUUACAAAAAUGUUCAGAUAUGAAGUGUGUUAUGACUAGUGGUACCUUUGGAUCAAAUCCAAAUUAUACUAAUUUUGGUUUAGAACCUGGACAUGCGUAUUCAUUAUUGAAGGUUUAUAAUGUGAAUCAUCCUACCAAAGGAGAAGUCACUCUAUUAAAAAUUAGAAAUCCUUGGGGAAAUAAGGAAUGGAAUGGUGAUUGGAGUGAUGCAAGUUCAUUAUGGACAGAGGAUUUUGAAAGAAAGGAGGAUGAUGGCAUCUUCUUCAUGGAAAUCAAAGAUUUUUAGAGAUACUUCUAAGCCAUUUUUGUUGGUUAUUUCAGAAAGGAGUAUUUAUACAACUCCAUCAAAUAAAUGGCUAAAAGAACUAAGACUAUUCAAUAUGAUAUUGAUAUUCCAAAUGAUGGUGAAUACUAUUUCACAGUUCAUCAAGAAGCUUUGAGAAGAUACAAAUUGAACAAGGAUAUUAAAUACGAAUAUUCUUAUGUUAGAAUCUUAUUGGCUAAGAAUUCAGGCAAAGGAGAAUAUGAGUUCGUUGACCAAAAAUAACAAAAAGACAUUGAAGUUCACUUAGGAGGUUAAUUGACUAAGGGUAAGUAUUCAGUUUAGAUUAAAAUUAAAUGGGCUGUUCCAACUUGGAAUGAACACGAAUAUUAAUUCAGUGUCUAUGGAUCUGAAUUCUUGAGACCAAAACAAGUGCCUAGAGAUGCUGAAUUAAGAAAGGCUGUUAUGUUACAAGUUGCCAGAGGAAACAAAAACUUAUAGCAAUUAACCACUGGAUUGCUUUGUGCUAUGGAGACAGUUGUUUCAAAAGGAUUGGGCUACUUCUAUUAUAAGAACACUUCUUAGAAAACGUUCAAAUUGAAGAAUGUUCUUUCAAAUAAGCAAGGCGUUAAAUUCUUGAAGCCAGAAAUUGGAGACAAUUAUUUAGUCGAACUAGCUCCUGGAGAAGAUAAGAUCGUGCUCUGCAGUCUAGAUCCAGCUGGUGUGGCAUUUACACCAAAGCACUAAUUGGUCUAAUGAUUAUCAUUAAAAUUACAACGAAUAGUAUAAUUUUGUAAAUGGACAUUU